UUGUUUUAUUCGAGAACCUCUCGAGCCGAUUCGAAAUGAAUCCUGUUUUGUGAACGUGUUCAACCGAUUCAUUGAAAAGAUCCAACUCACAUGAACGAUUCGUUCACGAACCGAACGUGCCUUUGCUGUCAUUUGAGUUCGGCAGACAUGUUCCAACAGGUGUCAUUUAAAGAGCUGAUGAAAGUGUUAGGGCUGGGAGCCGUAGCUUUCGUUCUGGGGGUGGAGUGGUUAGACUGGCUGACGCGGCGUCUGAGAGUCUCUCGUGGGCCUCUGAAAGAAGUUCUGUUCUUUCCUUCACCCCAUGUCUGUGUCGAGCACCUGUUCACACGCCAUGGACGUUUCCCCUGUGCAUGUCCCCUCCCCCAUGGAGUUGAGACAUCCUUCUCCAGGCUCCUUGAGCAUCUCCUGUCUGCACGUACAUCAAUGGACCUGUGUGUGUUCUCCUUUUCUCACAUGGAGCUGAGCAGGGCGAUUCUCCUCCUGCACAAACAGGGAGUCGUUGUACGAGUCGUUACGGACAGAGACUACAUGACCAUCACCGGAUCUCAGAUCGGCACCCUCCGUAAAGCAGGCAUCUGUGUGAGGCAUGAGAUGAGCUCAGCUGUUCAUAUGCACCAUAAGUUUGCAUUAGUGGAUGGCAAGAAAUUGAUCACUGGCUCCCUCAACUGGACCCUAACCGCAGUCCAGAGCAACAAAGAAAACGUCAUGGUUACAGAGGAGCCGGAGCUGGUACAGCCCUAUCAGCAGGAGUUUCAGAAGCUGUGGGAGGCCAAUGAUCCAGCCAAUCACAAACCUCAGACCACAAACGGGGGGCUAAAUAGAUAGACAUGUAAGGUUGAGUGGAUAGAUAGGGCUUUAGCUUUCUUUUUUCCUUAAGGUUUACAUGACAUAGUUCUACAUGGAGGCGUUUAUUUUAUUUGUUGGAUUACUUUUAGAAGUUGAAAGCUAGUUUUGUUAUUUCUGACGGUUUGUCUUCAUGGCAAUCUCAACACCUUUAGGUGUUUUACAUUAGAAUUUUUAUGAACAUUUUUUUAAUAACUAUUUUCAUAUUUAGUUCAAUAUAAUUAUAAUUAUUAAGAUGUGCCCUAAGCAAAAACUAGUUCAAAUAAAAUCUGCUAAAAUAUUCCAUAGCUCUGCUUAUAAACACCUAUUGUGUAAAGCAAGCUGAAACCUGUGAGUGUGUUUCAUAGGCAUGCCUUUGAUUGCUCAAUUCCUGAUGGCGCUCGCCUUUUGUGUUCCUCUUUUGUGACUAGGAGAUUUUAGAUAAGCUUGUUUCUGUAUCUAUGUACCUGAAUAUUAUAUCAAAAAAUAAAUAUCUUUAAAUAAAAGAUGUAAAUAGA